GAGCCGUGGUCUGGCCUUCCCUGGCGGAGUCCUGGGACGAGGCCGAGCUUCCCCUGGGGAAGUGGACAGCUACUGCCCUUGGGUCCGAAUCAGCUGUGGACCCUGAAGGACCCCCGCCGGAGGUGAUGGAGCAGACGGAGCGGACCGCCCGAUGGGCAGACCUUGGCGACACCGUUUCCGAGGAGCCAGCUGAACCAGAUGGUGCUCAAGAUGCGGAAGCUGACCUCGACGACGAGCUCAACGACGACGAGAAGGCCGAGGUCCGCCGCAUCGAGAAGGAGUGCACCGACCUGGAGAAGCAGCUCCGCGGGUUAACGGCCACCCAACAGCGCGCUUUCUUGGAACGCUUGGCCGAUAAUAGUGUCCCAGUGGUCGGGGGGCUCCUCGCGGAUACUUUAACGCGCACCGCUCGGCUUCGUGACCGUGGCCAAGCCGUCCCCACACAGGCGAUCCGUGCCAGCCAGGCAACCGCCGACCAGGACCCGAAGUACUUGGUGCAGAGGGCGCCGGGGGCGUUACCGCCGAUGAUGUCGCUGGGACAUGAACAUCGACUCCGCCUUCUCCGACGUCUUCAUGAACUGGAACGGGCUGGAGUCGAGUGGACCCAGGAAGAGAUCGAGGCCUCCCUGACCAUGGAGCAAUUCCUCGACUACAUUGAGGAACGGGAGCAGGAAAAGGCGGACCGGCGCAGCUUCGACAACAGCUUCAAAGGCAGCUGGACCAGCCACUGGCGGUGGAACCGCCCCAGAGACACCUCCUCCUGCCGAACCAGUUGUCGGGCAACCGCAUGGCGGUACCGCCCCGGAGACACCUCCUCCUCCACCCGAGCCAGAGGUGAUCCCGGAAACGCCCGCUCCGAAGCUCGAGCCAACUCCAAAGAG